UUUCUUUAAUAUAUUGAAAUAAUUUACUUCUUUGAAAUCUAAAUAGCUUUGUGAUAGGAUCAAUAGGUAAUGGAGUGAUAUAAUUAUAUUAAAGAUAUAAGCGUUAUUUCUCAUCUAAUUCCACUAUACAUUGUUAGAUGGCACUCGUAAACUAUACAUUAUCCGUAAUUGUAAAACAGAGGAAAAAAUCUUUUAAUUAUUAGAUAAAUCAACUAUUCUUCCUCUUCUAGGUAAUAAAACUCACUGAUUUAUGCUUUUACGUUCAUUUCAACUAAUAUAUUAAUAUUUUCAAUUAGCAAAUUGUAAUACUAAAUUAUAAGCGAUAAAUCUAUAAAACAAAACAUUAAAACUAUAGGACUAAAUGAUUAUGAUUAUUCGAUAAAUAUUCAAUACAUCCUUUGUUCAAAAAUCUUCUAUCCCUAGACAAUCGCCCUUUUUUUAACGACAAAAGUAAUCUUAGUUCCUGAGCGUUUCGCACAAGAUAAAUACAAGUAUAUUUUUCCUUUAGAGGAAUUUAAUGAUGAUAUUUGUUUAUAUUAUACAAAUCUUGUAUUAUUGUUCAGGUAAAUCAUGAAUCUCGGCUAUAGUUUGGUAUUUUUUUUAUUAAAACAAUGUUUCCUUUUCUCAGUUGUUUGUUGGAGAAGAUCGUAUGCAUCAGUAGUAUCUUUUUAUCCGAAUAGUUUAUUUUGGGCUGUUCCCGAAGAUGAUACUUACGAAGGAGGUGGACAGACGUCCAUUUUCAAAGACGUAAACUAUCAAGUGCAAGAAAGGGGAUUUCUCAUACAAUGGACUUAUUUGAGAAAAAACAGUGACGUUUGCUUCUUAGAUUUCUGGUUGUUUACCCCAUCCAAUAAAUUUGAACUGAUUACGAAAAGUAAAUUACCUCCUGGACCAUUCGAUACAGUUACUCACUAUACCUUAGACUAUCCGUUGCAAGUUGAUCAAGAUUUAUAUAUGGGCAUUCGCCCGGGGCCUUCAGACGACAAAUGUAUUGCUAAAUUGGAAUCGGACUCGUCGUAUACAUCAAACUUUAACUUUCCGAAUAGGUAUACUUCAUCAGGGACAGCUUCACAAGUGGGAGACACUAUUACGGCUUCUUCCACAGGUUCCCGAGUUUACUUCUUUCAAUCAACCGUUCUAAAAGGAUCUUUAGUACCCAUCAUUUACUUAAAAACCAGUACAACAGACUAUGCUUUUGCUUCAAAACUGAAACUCAGUUUUUCACUAAGUGAAAGCCAUUCAACUCUAAUGCUUGAAACAAAAGUUUUCUCAGUCAUUAAUGCAGUUGUUUUAAUAUCAAAUUCAGAACCAUUACAAGAAAUUUUUGUUCAUAUUUCUACAAGACCAGAUGAUAAGCAGUCAAAAAAUUUAUGCAAAAUGUCUAUUCCCACGUCAAACAGCAAUAAACAAAUUAUUGUUGAAUUUACCUGUUCUGAGAAAAAUUCUGGAAAGUUCAUUUUUCUUGAAUCAAUCAUGACAUUUCAAUCCACUGAUCUUUACAUCAUUGGUGAAGCUAUAGCUGAGACAGAGUUUAAAUGGACGCCUAUACCACCGCAAAAAAUUCAGAAUGAUUACCAAAUAAGAGUGGCUUCAAUAAAGAGGUGUAUAGACGAAUGCGAACAAGCUGCAAAUUGUAAUUCAGCAGCUGUAGGUGAAGCAAGCUGUAUUUUAAACAUUGAAAAUUCUUUAAUUGACUUUCAUACAAAGCAUACAAAUGUUUUAAUAUUGUAUAAGACGUAUUUCAAAUUUGAAAAUAUAUGUUAAUAUGUAAACUUUAUCCUUUGUAAGCUUUAUGAAUUGCCUCUAUUACUAGAAUUUAAUGUUCAAUUGUUACAUUUUCUAUUUUAUUAUCCUAUGUUUUCAAGCAAAACUUUGCGGGACAAAGUUUCUUUGGUCUGAACAUCUAAUAAAAAUUACAUUUUGAAAUUUAUUACUACAUGUAUUUUGAAUAUUCAUACUACGAAAAUUUACUAUUCUCUUUAUCUUAUUUGAUUAAAACAGUCAAAUACUUUCCUGUUUCUUUACAAUUGAAA